ACGCAAUCUCCGCCGCCUCCGCGCGUUCCUCCAUAUUCGCUCCUCGAAGAUGGAGGCGCUCGGGGGCUACCCGGCCAAGCCCUGCGCCCCGCGCGCGCGGCUGCUCGCCCUGCUGAUGAGCGCUGCGGUGUGCAUGGGUUCGUUAUAUUUACUUCACAUGAAACUGGCAAAGUCAAGAAAACCGAGAGAUUUUUACUCGUUUGAGGUGAAGGAUGCCAAAGGAAGAGCCGUUUCCUUGGAGAAAUACCGGGGAAGAGUCUCGCUGGUUGUAAACGUGGCGUGGCACGGCCAGCACGCGGAGCAGAACUACCGAGCUUUACAAGAGCUUCACCGCGAGCUCGGGACGUCGCACUUUACCGUACUGGCGUUCCCCUGCGCGCAGUACGGCGGCACAGAACCGGGAACAAGCCGCGACAUUGAGGCGUUUACCAAGUCUGCUUAUGGUGUGACGUUUCCGAUAUUUAGCAAGAUCAGAAUAAUGGGAGCAGAGGCGGAGCCCGCGUUCAAGUUCCUUACAGAUUCAGUACAGCAGAUGCCAAAAUGGAAUUUCUGCAAGUUUCUGGUGAGUGCUGAUGGCCAGGUGAUGCGUUUCUGGAGGCCGGAGGAGCCCAUCGAGGAGAUCCGGCAGGAGGCCACGGCCCUCGUCCGCAACCUCAUCCUGAAGAAGAGAUCCGAACUCUGAGACCUGCGAGCGCCUGAAACGUCGUCCUGAAGAGAGAUGAUCUCUGAGAUCAUUGUGGUUUGAGCCUCUGAGAAGAGAUGACAUAUGCCCCUUUACUCUGGUACCUUCACAGACCUUCUCCAAACUCCAAACACCACCUGCGGCACAGACGUGUAUGUGAGUGAGUUACUGAGAUGAGCUCAGAGGUUUGGCUGCUCUGCUGUCCCAGUGCCAGGGUAGAGAUGCCCACACUAACUUCAGUGGGUUUCAAAUGUCCAAGAACUUCUGCUAUUCUUUAGCUGUGGUGACUGAAGACAAGGUCUAGUGUGCGUUGUGAUCAUAGUGGUAUUAAUAGUCCUCUCUGCUGUGGAAGUUACAGUCGCAUCCUUCAGACUUCAUUAUUGCUCAAACCAACUAUUCGUUCGUUUGUUCGUUCUUCAGGGUUUUUUUCCAGUUUUUAAUGGUUGUACAAGGAAUCUGGCAAACACUGAUUAGACAUUGUCAUUGUUUAUUAAUAAAAGUGCAAAUAAAAUAGCA